AUGCCCCUUGUGAAGGACCUCCUCCACCCAUCCCUGGAAGAAAAGAGGAAGCCCAAGAAGAAGGGCCUGGUACAGAGCCCCAAUUCCUACCUCAUGGGUGUGAAGUGCCCAGGAUGCUAUAAAAUCAUCACCAUCUUUAGCCAUGCACAAACAGCGGUUGUGUGGGUUGGCUGCCCCACUGUCCUUUGCCAGCCUACAGGAGGGAAAGCAAGGCUUACAGAAGGUUGCUUCUUCGUAAGGAAGCAGCACUAA